CAAAAUCGUGAUUCCUCCUAAUCAUACGUCAACUGCAGUCGGGGUCUUCUUCAUCGCAUCUUCUUCAUCAGGUCUUCUUCCUCACGUCUUCUUCAUUAGUGAAGUUCAUUUUUCUCAUCACAGGUAAUCUGUUUUUUUAUUCAAUUAAUUUUGAUGGAUGAUGAGAUUGAUACACAAACAUGGGAAAUAAGUGUUCAGUCCUCGAUAAUUGAGCAAGUAAUAUCGAAAUACAAGUUCAAACUGAAAUAUGGAGGCUUCUUUCGGUUAGCCAGGAACUCAUAUAAGCAAUUAUAUUGUUUUGGAUCUACAAAAUCUCUUUAUAUAGACACAUGUUCGUACGACUUAGAUCAUCUAGUUGGAAAGGUGAAAAAACAUUAUCCAUCACAAAGCGAUAUUGUUUUGUCAACAAUAUUUGUUGACAAACAUGCAAAAGAGCAAUGUUUUAUUGAACUUGAUAAUGAUGAAAGCUUCAUGGUGAUGCUUAUCAUGUAUAAUGAAGAGAAAGAAGUUACAAUUUAUGUGACAACCGAAAAAUUAAGGUAUAACCCUAAACCGUUUAGUUGUCAAAAUCAAGUUAAUAAUGAAUUUAAUGAUGAAAAUGAGACAGACUCAAUUUGUUCAAGUCAAGAAAGCUAUCAUAGUCUUCAUAGUUCCGAUAAUGAAUAUGAGCUUCUAAAUUAUGGUGAAACUUAUGCAUAUAGUAAGUUAAAUCCAUUUAUGAAACUGAAUUCUAAAUUCCCAAGUGUAAUUGCUUUUAGAAGAGCAUUGAAUCAUUAUGCACUAACAAAUGAAUUUGAGUAUGUCAUUGAUAAAAGUGAUUUGACAAGACUUACAGCAUGUUGUGGAGAUAAAAAGUGUAAGUGGAGAAUUCAUGUUUCUCUUACACAGGAUGGGGUUACUUUUGAAGUAAGUAUAAAAUUUGAUAAAUACUACAUUCGUCGACAUUGUAAUUAUGUUAACAUAAUUAUAUGUUUUUUUUUCAAUUUUGUAGGUAAAGAAAUUUAUAGAAACUCGUUCUUGUACUCGAAGCAACAAGAGUGGUAACAAACAUGCCACUCAAGAAUGGAUUGUUGAUGUUGUUACCAAUAAGUUGAAAUCUGAAGGCGAUGUCUCUCCUGCAGACCUAAAAAAGUGGAUUAUGCAUACCUAUAAUGUUGAAGUACCAUAUAUGAGAGUCUUUAGAGGAAGAGAACAAGCUUAUACCGAUAUGUAUGGCAAGUGGGAUGACUCUUAUGCAAAUAUAUAUGAUUUCAAACAAGAACUUGAAAAAAGAAACCCAAGAAGUGUGGUGGAGAUUGAUUUACAGACAGUUGGUGAAAAGAAACAUUUCCUACGCUUUUUUUAUAUCAUUAAUAACAUGCUUUAAGGGGUUUCUUGUUGGUUGUCAUCCUUACAUUGGGCUUGAUGCUUGUCAUUUGAAAGGGAAAUUUAAUGGUGUGUUAGCCGCUGCCACAAGUAUCGACAGUAACAAUGGUAUGUUUCCAAUAGCCUAUAGUGUGCUUGAGGCAGAGAAUACAAAAUCAUGGACUUGGUUUCUCGCAUAACUAAAAAAAGCGAUUGGUACACCAAAUGGUCUUGUUAUCUCUUCUGACAUGCAAAAGGCUUGGAAAUAGCUAUUACACAGGUUUAUCCUAAUAUUGAGCAUUGAGAAUGCAUAAAACAUUUAUGUAGCAACUUCAAGAAACAUUUUCGAGGUGACUUUUUCAUGAGAAAACUAUGGGAGGCUGCAAAUACCUACUCUGUUAGUAAGCAUGAUAUAUUUUUAAAUGAAAUUACUACUAAAUGUGUAGAUGCAAUUUCAUAUUUGAAUGAGAACGAUAAAAAGAUAUGGAGUAGAAGUAAGUUUGGCACACUUGUCAAGUGUGAUUACAGUACCAACAACAUUUCAGAAACUUUUAACUCUUGGGUAGGUGACAUACAUUAUAAACCGGUUCUUGAUCUCCUUGAUGCAAUUAGAGAAAAGCUUAUGGAACGAUUUGACAAGAAAAUGAGUAAGGUGCAAAAAUCGAAAGGACCACUAUUUCCAAAAGCAAAUAAGUAUCUCAAAACAAUC